AUGAAAGUGGACGCGCCAUCCCUUGUUCCACAGCUCGAGCAGGUUGUUUCGUCAUCAGAGAAGGCAACUGAUAUCAAACUUGACGCGUCGAAAACAACCUUCGAAGAGCUGCAGCCAAUCAAAGCGUUGGAGCCCCCCGUCCCCUUCCGCAAACAUCCUCCUGGAUACACGCGUAGAACUGUCCCAAUAUCCCCUCCAAGGCCCAAAUCGGUCCCCCAGACGCCUGUCGAUUCGCCGCCUAAGAAGAAAAAGGCGAUCACUAGAAAGCGCAAGCGGUCCAACCUCAGGAAAGAAGCCACACCACAGGAAGUCCCGCAACUCUUCCCCCACCACAUGUACGCCGCUAAUAAGCACUACUAUGAGACGCGAAGCUUGAGUACGCACGUCCCACUCGUCCCUAGUCCUCUCAACCCCAUUCGCGAAGUUGAUGGCGAGGCGGUCUCGUUAGUGCCGUGGACGGCCGCGAUCUUGAAGCAGGUGAGGAAGUGGCAGCGAAAGACGGGAGGAGGUUCACCCUCGGACCUAUGGUCCAUUAGCCCGCACCGGACAAACUGGAAAUACCACGAUCUCCGACGCUGGGUGUUAAGAGGGAGCGAGGUGCACAAACAACCAGUCCUCGUUGAGUGUCCUUUACUGAAGACACACGGAAUGCCACCUAUGAGACCCCUUGAUGUCUUCCAGAGCGAAAAGCAACUCGAGGAAGCGCUCAAGGGGUAUCGCACUGCCAUCAAGGACAUGAACGUCAGACUACAGCUCGUAGGCAUGCCCCCAAUGAGGUUCAACUCUGAGGAUGUCAAGGUAAAGAAGUUCUGCAACACGUAG